GGAAGUAGAUAGGAGGUAAUCUUGAGAUUUGGCACAUGAGCAUAUUAUGAAUGGGCAGACGACACAUUUUGGAACAGGCGUAAAGGCGAAGGGAAUUCUCAGAUACAGCAGGGAUGUAGGAGGUAGACCAGAUGUCGAGUGGCAGCGACAUCUCAGAGGAGAUUCUAGAGGAAAUUCAAGAUGAGCACGAACAGUCCAGUCUCUCAAGCGCCGUUCCCAACUCCCUGCUUCCUCCUGAAGAUCUUGAGGGGAUCAGGUCCACAGAUGAUGGCAUUAUUCCAUCAUGGGGUUCGGCGGAGAGAGAGACAAGUACUCAGUCUCCGUUACUCUUAUCAGGGGAGAGCGAUAUACAGAAGGCCGAGAAAACGUCUUUUUCCCCUCUCUGUGGGGAAGACAUACUACCGGAGCUCUCCCAGGGGGAACAAAGUACCGGAGACACUGAAGCAGGGAUUUCCAUGCCUACAGGUGUAAGGGAGAGGAGCAGAAUAGGGAUUGAGGAAGGAGGAGAGUUGAUUAAGAGAACUAGUUCCCCGCCUAGAGACUUGGCAUUAGAUGUGGCAAGGAAAGUGGAAUCAAGGCAGAGUGAUAACUCUCCAAUGUCGAGUGAAUGGUCUGUGGAAAGUCUGAGAAGUAGUGGUAGCAGUUUGCACAUAAAAGAUAGAUCACUAAGUGAGAUCUCAGUCAGCAUUCCAAAACUUACUGUUGUAUCGAUUGAAAAGGAGCAAAAGGUGUUUAGCUUAGUGAAACAGUUCAGUGAGGUGACAGAAGACACGACAGAGAAUUAUGACAGGCCGGCAGAGAAAAGAAGGCAGUCAGUUCCAGCUUGCACUCUAUGGAAACCAGACACAUUCAUGUCCCUGGAGCCCAUGAAACAGGAAAUUCAUGAAUCUGAGAGCAAGUGGCAAACACCAGGAAGGAAGUCAAGUGUAUCCAGCAUCAUUUCUCACUUCAGUAGUCAGCCAUCAGAAGAAGUGAGCAUGCAAGAACAUCAAAGGAAGGAAUCACCUCGGAAAUUAGGCCAGAUGUCACCAAGAGUCAGGAACUCACUGGAAAAAAUUACUGGCCAUUUCUCACAAAACACCUCUCAAGAUUUCUCCAGAGGUGUAUUAAAGAAUAAGGAGAAUAUUAGUCCCGGUAUCCCACCAAAGAGAUCACUAAUAUCUCAACACUCGAAGGAAAAGGAAAACUCACCUCGCUGUAGAUCGAUAUUUUCUAGCAUUUCGUCACCUUUGUUGGAAGUGGAGGACGUGCAAUUUUGUGAGACAGAGAUUGAGGACUUGUGCAACAUUGCUUUUCCUUCAUCAAAAAUGUCCUCGUACAGUGAGUCGCUUAAUCUAUGCGAAGAAAUGCUUGUAGAGAAGUCCCCCUCCAAUGAAGAUAAAUGCAGUGGAAGUGAGAAUCAGUUGUUUGAGGAUGAUGUGUUAGAAACUUGUGACACUGAUGGAGAAGUAGAAGACAUGCCAGAAGAAAAAGUGCCAUAUCAGUCUGCAAACAGUGUAAGCUUAAAGGAUGAGGGAACUGUUUCAGAUAUUGGUAAAAGUAGUAGAAGUCCAGGUAGUUUUCCAUCUUGGAAUAUUCAGUUAAUGCCAAAUUCUCAGCUUAAAGGUUCCGCUUGUGACAAAGGAAAUUCAUCUCUUGGCAGCUCUAAAAAUAAAUCUUUAGAAAUUUCAGAUGGUGUUAGCAAUAAAUCUGUAGAUUUUCCUCUUGAAAAAGAGGAUGAACUCUCUGUGACUUCCAAGAAUUCCAGCACCAGGUCUGUACAAGUGUUAGAAUCCCAGUGCAAAGACAGGUCAAGUUCAGAUGCUGUAAGGAGUGUCAGUGAGUGCUCAGAGGACUUCGAGAAUCAUGAUGUGGCUGAAGGCAGUUGUGAGGAUGAUCAGAGUGAAAUCUUAAGAACACUGUCCAGUAAGAGUGGCAGCAGAGAAGAAUGCUUUAGCUCUGUUGACUCUGAUGCAAACCCAGAUGAAGAUGCUCUUGAAGCUGUUGAAUCUGUGAGCCUUUGUAGCCUAGAGAGGGACACCUCUCAUGAACUUCUUGAGCUGGACAUUGAUGGAUCUGGUCAUGAUGUCUUUGAUGGUGAAUUCUCAGAAGCCAGUGAAGUCAUUCUAGGCUUUGUGAGUAAUUCCCCAAUUUCAGCAAUUACAGAGAGAACAGAAGAAUCUGGCCAGGACAAUGACCAUAGUGGAGGGAGAAGAAUAAGUGAUUCCACAGGAGAGUCAAGUCAUCUACAAGAAUCUGCAAAAGAAUAUGAGACUGAGUGCCAAAAUGUAGGCCAAAUACAAGUGUCAUCUGCAAGUGCCAUACCAGGUCCAGUGAGGCAAGGUGGUUUCCCAUCCCUUCCCGUUAAUAUAGGUAGUAAUAUCAACUCUAGUCAGUUUGCCAACUCACACUCUUUGCAGGAGACUGUGAGCCCAGUACAAACCCAACCAUCCUUGGAAGCUGGUGAUGAUCAGCAUGAUUCUAGUCAGAACCCCACCAGCAGGAUGGCUCAGAAGCCUCCAGUGAUCGGGGUAAAGCAAAAGCUCUGCAAAUUUCCUGUAGUUCCUCGUGGCCAAAGAGCAGGAGAAAAGCCCUCUGCAGCCCAAGUUUUGCCAACUAGUAAGAUGUCACUGACUGGCCCUGUAAAGCCGACACUGUGUCGCAACACAUCCAAGAGCAUGCACAACUUGGGAACCAGUACAAACUCGAAAGCCAGUCGGGCCCAGGGCUUGCACAACAGGUCCUUGAGCUUAAGUACAGACAACCUGGAGAAUAGUAGCCCAAGGACAUCCUCCCUGUCACCAGCCCCUCAAAGUGGAUGCAGAGGGAGGCGCAACAGUGGGUCAGGCAUUCAGGGAAGCUUGCAUCGUAGGUGUGUUAGUGCCAUAGCCUUGAAUGAGGGAGAUGGUCAGCUUGGAAUGAAGAGAAACAAGAGCUUAAGUUUAAGUAGGUUGAACAGAUCAAGAAGUUCAAGCAUGAACAGUAUUGCCAGCUACAAGAAAGCAGACUACAGUCAUGUGCAAAGUAAAGUAAAGCAGUAUAUCAGAGAUGUUAAAGAAAGAGACAUGAGGAAUUCCACACGCUCUUUGCCAUCCACUCCUGCAAGAAAGGCAGUGUUGAGGAAUGAGGCAGAUGUUAUAAUGAUCAAUGAAAGAAUGCUGAAAGAAUUUGGUGACCUGAAGCCAGAGGACCUUCCUGAAGAUAUAAAGAAACUGAAGAGCAAGGUCCUUGGAGAAGGUGGUGACCCCAAAGUCCUCGAGCACAUUCUGAGGCUGAUUUUAGAAGAAAGGAAAUCCCGUCAUGCGAGCGACACCACGCUGGCCGCCUUGCAACUGCGCUACGACAAUCUGAAUACCAAGUAUGCUGAGAAACAGAACGAGAUAGACCGCCUUAGAUUCUUCAAGGACAUUCACAUCAACAAAGACUACACAAUAACCCUCAGAGCACAGGAAGAAGGAAGACUCAAUGCAGGAUCCAACUGGUCCUCGCGCAACACCACCCCACCCAACACGCCCUACAAGUCCCUAACCCACUACAACACAUCCCCCAACACGCCCCAGAGAAGAUCCUCAUGCCACAUGACCCCCCCAAACACACCCAACAUCCGCUCGCUCUCUCCUAGCCUUGCACCCAACCUUGUCAAGUCUACCUCCACUCCCCUGGUUGAUCCACUGUGGAGCUUUGCCCUGGAUCCAAGUGGCUCGUACACCUACCGGGAUAGCCUCCCAGUCGACCUGAAUAAAGACCCAUCUCUGAUCGGGGACCAAGAGAGAGCAAAGGAUGGAGGCGGAGGACUGGGACAGGAUGGAGCCAGUCUGCAAAAUUGGAUGAAAGAAACUAAUAGUGUUCUGCAGAAGGUUAAGGACUUUACAGUAUUGCAAGGUCAUGGUGCAGUGCAACAGAGUGAGAGAAACAUCAUUUGGCAACAUAUAUUACACGAGUACUGGAGACUAGCAGGAUUGUUUCCUAUGCUGACGCUUGUGUCUCCAACACAUGAACCAGGGAUGUUGUUACAGAAGCUUGGAAAGGCCCUCCAAGUCACAGCCGGCAGGUUUGAUCUUGAGCUAAAUAUUGCCAGGCCCCAGGAGUGCGAUGAUACCCAACUGCUCCAGCACUCCAAUGUGGUGGAAGAUGCAAGGCAGUUGAGGAGCAAUGGAAAAUUUGGCCCAGAAUGGUCAAGCUUUGAUAAGUCUGAGAGUCAGGAAGUUACAAGUGCCGGAAAUCAGGUGAAGGUCUCUGUUGCCAUACAGGAGAAAAGCAAGAGUGAUAAAUUGUCUUUUGAAUAUUCAAAAUCAGCUUUCAGAUCAGAGGAAUUCAUCCCACAGAUUGAUGACUUACAGAAAAGUAAUAGAAAUCCAAAACACAGACAUGUAGAUGAGCAAAACAGUCCUGAGAUUCCAAGGAGGAAUUCCUUUAAUGAGGAAGUGACCCUGAAAAUUACUAAAAACAGAGAAGCUCCCAGGUCAUCAAAGAUACAAAAGGAUGAGAAACCAAACAAGGCUGCAGAGCUGAAUUCAGAUUACACUGUGAGUCAGAAUGUUGCCAAGAAGAGCACGCCAUACAGUGUACUGGCUGAACAAGAAGCCUUACUAGUGAAUGAUAAAUAUGAUGUGGAAAAGGAUUUGCCAACUAAUCUGGAGGGUGAAGAGGGGCAGCUGGAUCUAUGCAGUCCAGCUCACUCAAGGGAAUCAAUGCAAACAGUAGGACCAUUGGAAAAGGUAAAACUGUGGCAGGCAUCACUCAUAGACUCACUUCCUGUGCCAGGAGAGUACCAGUCUCCACCAAGCACUAGUGCGCCUCCAUCCAUCCUUUCAGUCAACUCCAGUGAGCCUUUUGAUGCAGUAGAAGAUCUAAAUGAUCUCUCUAACCUGAAGCUACGUGUUGUUAACCAUGACAGUAGUGGUUCGACAAAUCAUAAUCCAGAAGCUGGUGGAUUUGUUGAUCCCCCUGACACCCAAUGCAUUGCUGAUAUGGGUCGGUGUGUGGAUGCUGACAGUAGUUUGCCCAUAAAUUCCCCAGAACGGCCAGAGACAGAGGGUGACUUGCCCAAGAGUCCCUGGAGAAGUAGCAGUGCUACUCCACGCAUGCAUUUGCACCAGGCUGUAAAGGCCAGGGAUCUUGAUAGUGGGUGCCCAGGCUCAGAGAGGAGUACAAGGAUGAGUCACAAUGCCAGCUUUGAGCAUCCUGAUCAGGGUUCAAAUUUCCAUCCAAGUUUGGAAGCUGCAAGAGAUUGUGUCAAUGAACCAGAGGAGAGGGAAAAGUCACAAGUUGCAGAGAGUCAGUGCUUCAGUGGUUUUGAGAAGAGAAGUAUGGGAGUGGAAAGUAUUCCCCAAGAAAAAGGCUAUGUGGACAGACCUCUAAAACACCCUACAGAAGGACUGCCUUUGGAUGAAAGGUUACAGAGGGAUGUCAGCAUGGAGAGUCGUGUACAUUCAGGAUGCAGUAGGAGCAGCAGGAACAGCUCAAAGAACAAGAAGGACACUCAGUACAGCCUGCUAGGAUUGCAGGAUGCUCAAGAACAGGACUUUAAAGAAAACUUGAGCAAGAGCAGUGCACAGAGACUGUUGGAAGACAGGGAUAUUGCUGAAACAAGUGGAGAUGAGUCAAAUGACUAUAACAGGAGCCGUAAAAGGGAUCCCAAGCGUAGCACAAGGACACGGAAAAGGAGCAAAUCAAGAAGGUCAUUGGAGAGGAACAAGCCUGGUUGUGUAAAGAGUACAUAUGGAGCAUGUAAUGAAACGAGGUCCAAUACACCUGGGAGUCAGAUGCAAGAGGUUACUAAUAAGCUUCACAUGUCUCUUGAUAAGAUUGAUACCAUAAACCAAAACCUCAGGAAGUACAGGUCAAAGUACAUCAGUGGUUAUGCAUCUGACCUGUCUGAGGCAUCCACAAGUAUGCAUAGCUCACAUUCUGAUAUAUACAGUAAUAUUUCAAAAUUGAAGAGAGAUUUCAAGAUUCUGCAGUCGCAGAUGCUAAACCUGAAGAGUGAAGUCUUCCACGAAAAGAAGAGUAUGAUUAGAGAGUCAUCCAGAUCUCAUAUUGCCCAAAGAGGAAGGAAAAGUGAGCCAAUGAGGGCAUUAGAUAUCUCAAGACACUUAGAUGAAGACACUCAUCUUGGAGUUGAUUCAUCCAUGGAUGCGUCACAUUCUGAACUUGUAAACAGAACACAACUUCAGAUGGAGGAUAGAGUGAGAUGGAAAAAUCGUACUUCCUCCAGGGUGUAUGAAAACAACCCCAGGCAUUCUUACAAUUUUUCCUCAGACUCAUCUGUAUCAACGUUUGAUGACUCCAGAAUGGAUCAGCUGCCCAAGAGCACACCAAAAGACAGGUUGAAGGGGGGAUCAAGUGAGAGAAGGGCAAGGAGAGAUCUAAAUAGCAAGAAUGGUAAUAGAAGUAUCAGAGUAGAAAAACAUGAAUCCUUUAAUGACUCAAGUGCCAGGAGACAGUUGGAUCUCAGUAAAAUGGAAGUGAUUGACAUCAACAGCCCCAGAAAAGAUAAUCGGCCAAUAAGCACGCAGACUUUAAGUCCAGGUCAGAAUAUAGGGGUGCAAACAGAGGACAGGGUUGUGCCAUCAAUCCGAUGCACACCAUCUCCUCGGCCUUUGAAUCCACUUGAAGACUUCAAGACGAGCCAGACACAACUCUCGGAGGUUGUGAGUGAAGCAGCUGGGAUGCUGAAUUUGGAGUCCGAUGUGGUGUCCGUAAAGCAGCGGUUGAAUACCUCAGCACCUCUUGUGUAUAUCCAAAACUACCACUGCAACAGUGAUAUUUCGAAAUCAGGGUCAGCAGGAGACAGCAAGAAGCACGGCCCAGGCACUCCAAAACGCAAACACCAUCGAUCAGCCAGCUCCCAGCUCCUCAUUGAGUCGCUGAAUGAAGUAACGGGCAUUGCUGAAAGAGUACGUUUGAGAUCAGAGAGCAUGUUAAGCUGCCUUGACUUACACAUAUCCGUCCAUGAAAACAUCAACAAAUAGUGGAGAAAUCUCCUUCCUCCACAAAUUGCAUGAUGUUGCCUUUCUAUUUGUGGAACACAAUGUUAAAGAAAUAUAUAUUUUUUAUCAUUUCUUUUGUAGCUUCUUGAGCUAUAAGCUCUUUAAGAUUCUGGAGAUAUGGAGCCAAUUUAACUGAGGUUUGGAUUUUUUUUUGUAGUGUCAAAAGGACUUCCAAAUAGAAUAUUAAAGCUGGUGAGAAAAAUUG